AUGGGUAUCAAUAAUCCGGUUCCAAGAAGCUUGAAGAGCGAAACAAGAAAAGCUGCUAAAAUUUUGGCCAGUUUUGUCAAACCAAAUCAAAUACUUGGUGUAGAUCAAGUCAUCCCACCUGAUAUAUUACAAAAUGCAAAAGGUUUAGCUGUUAUAACUGUUUUGAAAGCUGGGUUUUUAUUUUCUGGUAGAGCUGGUUCUGGUGUUAUCAUGGCCCGUUUACCAGAUGGUUCAUGGUCUCCUCCAUCUGCUAUUGUGACUGCUGGUGCAGGUGUAGGUGGUCAAAUUGGUGCAGAAUUGACAGAUUUUGUCUUUAUUUUAAACACUAAAGAAGCUGUUAAUUCUUUUUCUCAAGCUGGUUCAAUUACUUUAGGUGGUAAUAUUUCAGUUGCUGCAGGUCCAUUAGGUAGAAAUGCUGAAGCUGGUGGUACAGCUUCUCUAAAGGGAGCUGCUGCUAUUUUUUCUUAUUCUAAAACUAAAGGUUUAUUUGCUGGUGUUUCAUUAGAAGGUUCAGCUAUAGUAGAAAGAAGAGAAGCUAAUAGAAAAUUUUAUGGUAAUAAUUGUAAAGCAAGACAAAUUUUAGCUGGUAGAGUAGAACCACCUGCUGCAUGUGAAGCUUUAUUUAGAGUUUUAGAAUCAAAAGCUUUCACCAAAAGAAGAGAUUUUUACGAUGAAGAUGAUGAUGAUUAUUAUAAUGAUAUUCCAGAAUUUAACUCUGAAACUUCUUCAUUUGAUAGUGAUUCAAGAUCUUAUCAAAGAGGUGGUGCUUUUGGUAGAAGUGGGACUCGUGGUGGUACUCCAUCAUCAAGAAGACGUACUUCAUCAUACUCUGAUGAUGAUUAUUCUGAUGGAGAACAAGAUUAUUAUACCAGAGGUAGCUCAAUAAGGGCUGGUGGUGCUGCUUCAUCAUCUAAGAAAACAACUGGAAGAGGAUCAUCAUGGGAAGAUGAUAUAUAUGAUAAUUAUGAUUCACCAAAAUCUAAAAAUAGAAGUUCAUAUAAUGAUGAUGAUGAUGUUGAUGAUUUGAAUCGUCGUUUCCAAAGAUCACAUUUUGAUUCAGGUUAUUCUGAUAAACCUUCAAGACCUAGAUCAGAAAAACCAAACUUUGGAAACUCCACUGCUUCAAGAUCAACUCCACCUCCACAACCUAGAGGCUCAAAAGCUAUUGCUUUAUUCUCAUUUGAAGGUGAACAAUCUGGUGAUUUACCAUUUAGAAAAGGUGAUGUGAUUCAAAUAAUAAAGAAAUCAGAUUCAACAGAUGAUUGGUGGACUGGGAGAGUUAAUGGAAAAGAAGGUAUAUUCCCAGCCAAUUAUGUAGAAUUGGCAUGA